UCCAUCCUUCUCUCUCAAAAAGAAAAACUCUAAUUUUACUGUGGCUAUAGAUUUCUGGAUCCUUUCUUUCUUCAUCAUAAUAGAUUAAGAGAUGAAGCAGUCUCAAGAGAUCUCAAUGGCAUCAAAAUCAUCUGUGAGGAAGCCACUGAAAGACUUAUCAAAUAACAAUGGAAGGUUCUUGAAAUCUGUGAACCCCAAGAAAAAAUGCAAGGAGAUUGGUGAAAAAAAGAAUGUUAUUAGGGUCCAAGAACUACAACAACAACAACAACAAGAUGAUGAUGACGGCUUUCUCGAUCGCCUCUUGCUCGUCCAGUCUGAUCUCUCGUCUCUCAGUAGCCAGAUAGAUGAACUCGUUGCCCAAGCAUUUAAAUUGAAGGCCACAAGCAAAGAGGGAAUUGAAGAAAUUGAAUCUUUUAUGCAUGUUUUAUCCAAUAUGCUGUCUUCUUUAAAGCCAUGGGUCCCCAGAUUUCAGAAGGUUCUUUCCAGUCAUUUUGUGGAGCCUGAAAAAAAGUUACAACAUAAAAUUGUUUCUGAGAUAACUGAAGAUGGAAGCUUUGAUGUUGAUAGCCCAGAUAAAAUCAGAAUGGAUUCGUUGAUCUCUCCUUCUCCCCUUGUAUCCUGGCGAGCUGGCUGCAAUGUUGAGAGAGGUAGGCAACUAUUUCUGCUAACACCCCUUCCUAUAUCAAAAACAUUGUCAGCUAGACAUCAGGACUUGCCUAAAUUAGUAUCUGAAAGGAUUGCUUUGAAUCCUGCUGUUGAGCCACCAUCAUUUUCUACUGUUUCUGGAGAUGGAAAUGAGGAUUUACUUGAAGAAAUGGCAACAAAGCCAACCCCAAGUAAGCCUGCUGAUUCUGUUGCAACUGAAGGAAAACUUUACUGUGUUUCCUCCCCGGUGUUCUCAAAACUAAACCGCUCUGUUGUUUUAACCCCAUGCUUGAAGAUGUCCCCUCCAAAAUCUUGUGUGUUGCUCGAACCCAUCUCUCAUUCCUCUCAUAAAGGCGAUAAUAGGUUUCGGAAGUCCACUCCGUUUCCGCAUGGAAUUCAUUCACAUAUUUAUGAAUCCUCUGGCAGUGAAGGUUCUGAGGAUCUGGCUAUGAAGUACCCAGAGCUCUUAGGGAUACAACGAGCUUAUAAAUGUAGAAUGGGAAUUAAAGAUUUAGAGGCAUCUCCAAACUGGUCCUUUUCACCUCCUAAAACUUGUGUUGUUUUGAAACCACCAGUUGAGAAAUCAUUGGACAUCAAAGCUGCUGAUCACUGCUUGAAAGUCCAUGUUCCUGUUUUGAAUCAGCAAACAAAUCCGACUCCCUCGAAAGAAUACGGUGUUAAAGGAGGUUGUCAUCAAAUCAAGAAACCCUGCAAUGAAGCAGAAGCCAUAUUAAGCAGCUCAAAAGUAAUAGUAGAAAGUACUCCUUUAUGGAAGGAGUCUGAAAGCACAAUAAGGACAGGGAAGCGUCCUGGUGAGAAUACCCUGAAAAAGGAACUUUGGACAAAGUUUGAAGCAGCAUCCACAUAUGGGUUCCGUCUGAAUGCCACUGCAUUCCAAGGGACCGCUAAAAAAGGAUUUCUUGACAUGCUUGAAGAAGCUUCAUUGUGACAAGGGAGAUAACAAAUAUUCUAAAAUGUGAGAAAGUUUUGACUUGCGAAUCUCGCUGUAUGGUAUAGGUGUUUAGAACUGUCAAUAUCUUUUGUAUGCGCACCCCACCAUAGUCAGAUAUUCCCAAAAGCAUGGACUUGAAGCAUUUCUUCAAGUUUCUUUGCAGUAUGAUUGCAGUUAAUUGAACCACCAGGGUAUUAUAUAAUGCUGGAUUUGAGGUCCAGUUAAUGCA